UGCAGCUAAUUAUGUUGCAGUUGGUAGAAUGUUGAUGGAAAAACGGAGUAAGCUUUAUUGGACUCCUUGUGCAGCUCAUUGUUUGGACCUCAUGUUAGAGGACAUUGGCAAGUUGAAAGCUUAUAAAACAACAAUAGAGAGGGCAAAAACAAUGACAAGUUUUAUCUACAGACAUUACAAACUUGUUGAUGCUUUGAGGAAAAAGACAAAUGGAAUAGAUCUGGUGAGGUCUGGAGUUACAAGAUUUGCUACCUCAUUCUUGACACUACAAAGUUUGUACAAGAACAAGGAUGCCUUGAAGCAAUUAUUUGUAUCUGAUGAUUGGAAUAGUUCUAAGUUGUCCAAGACAGAGGCAGGUAAGAAAGUACUUGAGACAAUACUUGCACAAACAUUCUGGAACAGUGUACUAGAUUGCUUAAGAGCAUCCCAACCAAUUUUAGUUGUCUUGAGGUUAGUAGAUGGUGAUGAGAGGCCUGCAUUGCCUGAAGUUUAUUUGGCAAUGGAAAUAGCAAAAAAAAAGAUAAAAGUAAAUUUUGCCAACAAAGAACGGUCAUGGAAGAAGGUGUUAGCAAUUAUUGAUGAUCGUUGGGAGGUCCAAAUGGAUCGACCUUUAUAUGCUGCUGCCUUUUACCUAAAUGCUAGCAAAUAUUUUGACUACAUCAAUGAUGAGAGACUCCCUUUUGAAGAAUCAUGUAAAAUACAAGAUGCAUUCAUGUCAGUUAUUGAAAGAAUGGUGCCCGACUUAACUGUGCAAGACAAGAUCAUACGUGAGUCUCAAUUGUACAGAAAAUGUGAAGGUAGCUUUUCAAGGAGUUUGGCUCUUAAACAACGGAUAGCUGGUGAAGGAGCAUUGGAUCCUAUCUCUUGGUGGCAAACACAUGGAUCUUCGGCCCCUACGCUUCAACAAUAUGCAAUACGCAUAUUAGGCCUUUGUUGCUCCGCUUCUGGUUGUGAGCACAAUUGGAGCACAUUUGAUUUUGUACGUAUGAUCUUAUAUAUUAGUUUGUAAUUAUACUUUUUACAUCUAUUUCUUGACUUAAAUAAAGAGUAUUUAUGGAUUCAGAUUCACACCAAAAAGAGGAAUAGACUAGAACAUCAGCGCUUGAAUGAUCUAGUCUAUAUCCAAUAUAAUCGUCGGCUUCAUUCAAGGUUCCAAGAAAGAAGGGAAAAAGGCAGCAAUUGUGAUCCAUUAAUUCUUGAUGAAAUGAAUUGGAGUAGUGAAUGGAUAACAGGGGAUCAAGAAGAUGGAGAUUUAGUCCAUCCUAGAGACGACCUCACAUGGGGAGAUGUUGAUAGAGCAGUUGGUGCAUCUACAUCGGUGGGGGGUCGUAAUUUACCUAGGAGGGCUCAAGGAUCAACAAGUGCAGCCAAUAUUUGCUACACACGUCGUGGUAGGGGAAGGGCCACUAUUGAGGAAUCGUCAGAUGAUGAAGUUGAAGAAAGGUCCACGAUGUGGUGCGUGAUGAUG